AGAGUGGCAAAUGGCGACGAAAACCACGAAGCGAAACAAUUAAAAAUUCGCAGAUAAAACUUUUGUUAUGUUAUGAAAAUUCGAAAAAUGAAUGUGGCAAAAGUUGAAUACAUCUACGAAGACGAGAAUGGAACCGAAUACAGGGCGGAAGAGGCCACUUUGGAAGAUGAAGAUUUGGACCAUCACGGCACGGAAGAGAUACAAGAGGUAAUGAUUAUCGAGCAACAAGAGGAAAGUUACAGUGAACAGGAAGCUGCUAAACUCCUACACGAAGUUACCGAGGAAAGAGAUCCCGAUUGCAAACGGAGAGAUACUCACCAUUGUUGGGGCAUCCAACAGUCGCUUAAACUGAUCGCAGCCAUAACAAAGUACAGAGAUGAACUUGCGUGCGCCACAAAUCGAAAAGACGUUUGGCGAAAAAUCCACCGAGAUCUCUUAGACCAAGGACUGACGGUGACGAUCCAAGAAUGUCAAAACAAAUGGAAAAACCUGAUAAGAAGCUACAAGGAGUGCACUAAAAUGAAAAACAAAGAUAACAUGCGAUUCCGUUACUACAAAGAAAUGUGCGACUAUUUUGCGGGCGAAAAAUUCCUCCACACUGACCACGACUACAACAACUCCAGGCUCACUUUGAUGCCGUUAUUGAGUUCCGGAGGUACCGGAGCUUCUAGUUCCAAAGUGGUUCCAACUGUAACAUUUCCACCGAUAUGUUUCACUGACAGACAAUUUAUGGAGUACACAAACAUGAAACGCGACGAGUACAUGGCCAGACAGAAAAGGCACGACGAAGAAAUGAAUUUGCGCAGGCAAGAGCUCGAGGUGCAAAAAAAGAAGCUGGAGGUGAUGAAAAAGUCGGCGAUGGCGAACUUGCAAGGCACUAAAAAUGUGAAUUUCGAUUUCCCUUGUCGUUGGCCAGACGAAGCUACCAGUCUACUGAUUUCCAUAAUCCGUAGACGUAAAUAUGAAAUAGCCGACAGGGACCAGCAAAAAAAGCCAGCUUUGUGGAAUGAAAUCAUGCAAGAAAUGGUCGACAACGGCUACCAAGUGACAAUUAAAGAAAUCAAAUCCAAAUGGCGCAAUUUAAUAAGGACGUACAAUUUGAGAUUGAAAAAUACUAGACAGAAAGGUUUUAAGUUUAAGUUUUUCAAUGACAUAAUGGAGUUUUUCAAAGAGACUGCCUCUUUGGGUAUGGAUCCUGAUUUAUUUGAAGUGUCAGAAGGCUACACUAUGGAAUAAUCUCUUUUUUUUUGUUUUUUUGUCCUUAUUACAUAUAUUGUUAGUAAAUUAAUAUUUUGGGAAAUAAGAUAGAUUUGUUUUGUCAAAUUAUUAUUGUUUUUUUUUUUUCAUGUGGAUCGUACCAUAGCACAAAAUUAAGUUUAUUUUCAAAAAUCGAUUUGUUUUAAUGUUUAUUAAAAAACUAGCUUAGAAAAAAAUAGAAAUAAAAUUAUACAACUCCUUAUACAAAAAAAAAAAAUACAUGGCGAAUACAACAAGGC